UCAGUUGCGCGCAGCAUCUCGUCCUCGAAGGACGCGUGAGUGUCUCGCCGCCGACCACCGCCGACCGCCGCCGCCGCGAAUCUCGAACUUUCUCAUCAUUCACACCGCAAUGACCAUUAACCACACAUUUCAUGUUAAGCACGAACAAUAAAGUUUUGUUGAGCAUAUACAGGGCGGUAAAGUAAUAACACAGUGAACAAAAUUGAAAUUAAUCAAUUAUAGUGAAUUUGGUGAAUUAUUACGUGUAGAGGAGAGAUUGUUAUGAAUGAUGAAUAUAACCUCCAAAAAUGUCACAAUUGAGGUUAUAAUUGAAAUAAUUGAUUAUAACCUCAAUUUACUGCCCUUGGCUGCAACCCAAUUCACACCUGCCGAUUAAAAUGCACCACCAGCACCGCCAGCACGACAUGCAUCCACAAUUAAGCACUUACAGAUAGCAAUUGAAAUAAGCACACGUAAGAAGCGGUGAUACGAAAGUGAUGUGCGCGAUAAGUGUGAGAUUGUUAAGAUAGCAUUUGUUUUUAUUAAUAUUUAAUAUUUGAUAAGAAAAGAAGUAAAAAGAAGGUGGUAGGGUACUUACGCAGGCGCUAUGCAUCACAAGACGACCAUCUUGGUAGCGCCCGCUUUGCAGAACAGCAGUUGCACGCAUCCGCGCUAUCAUAAUGUCGGUUUGAUUGCGGGAUUGGGCCCUGCGGAGUUCGUACAAGGGUUGAUCGUGUUCCUGAUUACGCUUGGUGUACUACUGGCGAAUUUACUGCUUAUAUUGGUUAUCAACAGUCGGCGAUAUUCGAAAUAUAUACAUUCACAGCCGCGAUACUUGUUGACGUCGCUGGCGAGCAACGACUUGGCGAUGGGGCUGUUCGUCACGCCGUUCGCCAUCGUGCCUUCGCUGCGCGGCUGCUGGCCGUACGGCGAGCUCGUCUGUCAAAUUCAGGCAUUACUGCGAGGCGCAAUCAGUCAACAAUCGGCGGUUAUUUUGAUUUGUAUGGCCAUGGAUCGUUAUCUCUGCAUGCUACAUCCAGCCAGAUAUCAUAAACACUCCAGUAAAAAGGGUUGUGUGGCAAUAAUAAGCAUGACAUGGAUAAUGUCAGUGACACUAUUCGCCAUCCUGGUGCUGCCACGAGGCGGAUUUUAUUUCAACCCGACUGGUAUGAGUGCCUGCGAGCCGUUCUACGCGCAGGCGUCGCUGCGUAUCCUCGCCGCGUGCGGUUUCUACUUUCCAACCACAAUGAUCCUGAUGUACUGCUACGGCUCAGCGUUCCACGUAAACAAGCUGCGCCUGCGCAAAGCCGGAUGCAACACAAUCGCCAGUCCGGAUGACUACGGUGGACAAUCUGUUGAGAAGCUGGUGUGUCAAGAGCGUAGACUUAGUACCAACGCUUCCCGCACGAUGGCAGCAAUGUCACUAGGCUUCAUCGUGUUGGUAACACCGUGGACCAUACAGGAAGUAGUCGCUGCAUGUACAGGAUCACGUGCACCCGCAGCACUUGACUUCAUCGCCACGUGGCUUGCACUGAGCAACAGCUUCUGGAAUCCUUUCCUUUAUUGGCUACUCAACAAUCAAUUCCGGCGGAUAAGUCGUGAACUACUCUUCGGACGCUUUUGUUGUAGUAAACCAAAAGAAGAAAAACAACACAACUGCAGUAGUAAUUCAAGUUCCAUCCGUCAUGGCGGCCACACACAAGGCUGCGACCUUGAAGGCCUCUCGGAAAAAUACUGGGGCGAAAUCCUCGAACGUACUUUAUCCUCAUCAUCCCUACAUAACCUCCAACGUAACUUCCACCAUGGUGGCCACUUUGCGCAUGCGCACCAUCAUCAUCACCACGCGCGUUGUAAUGGCGUGCACGAAAUGCGCAUGGUCGACGCCGCCGUGCCGGAUUUAUGAAAGUCGGACAAGACGACGCAGACCAGCAGCGACGCCGUCUGCGUCCUCGAAAGCAUGGGCAGCUCGGCGGAGACCGCCAUUGUCAACAACUACUAACUACUAACCUCACAAGGAAUCACUGUGUGUUUGUUUGGCGUAGGCAAUAACAUAACCUAACCUCUAACAUUGUGUGAACAAGCAAUACUACAAUACAAUACGAUAUAUGAAUAUAUACGCAACACGCAACAUUACUCUACAAACGUAACACUUUUGUAUUGGCAACCAUACGUACAUAGCUGUAACAGAAGAAGCAUAACCUAAAACAAGUGUGAUGUGUUCGAUAAUGAUAAAUUAGUGUUCAAUGAUAAUCGCAAAUCGCACAGUAAAAUACAAUUUUUACGAAAUUACUAUGAUAAGACUCUCUGACCAUAUGGUAUAUAAGUACACGAUUUGUUUUCAAGGUUAGGAUUAACACAUUAACAAAUAUGAUACACAUUGUAAACAAAUUGUAAUAAAUAAUUUAAUUGAA